AGGCACUUCCGGCGUGCUCGUAGCCGACAUUUUGAUUGCUGUGGGGUCCGUUAGGUUGGUCAGGAAGUUGCGUCUCCCGUGAAGGGAGGGAGGUGACGGGCUAGAAGGCGCAGGAAAAGGUUCUGUCCGCGCAACACGGGGGCGGGUGUGAGGGUCGGGGACACCGCCGCCUGCGAGGAGUGUCGGUGCCGAGCCGACCCGGUCACUAGACUGUGGCCACUCUGCUCCGCGCAGAGGCUCGGAUGGCGGCGGCUGCGCUGAGGGACGCGGCUCAGCAGGACAGUGUGACCUUUGAGGAUGUGGCCGUGUACUUCUCCUGGGAGGAAUGGUGUCUGCUUGAUGAGGUUCAGAUACGUCUGUACCUUGAUGUCAUGCUGGAAAACUUUGCACUUGUAUCCAUGCUGGGUUCUUGGCAUGGAGUUGAGGAUGAAGAGGUACCUUCUAAACGGAGAGUAUCUGUAGAAGGAGUGUCACAGAUCAGGACUUCCAGGGCAGGUGUGUCUCCUGAGAAGGCCCAGUCCUGUAAGAUGUGUGUCCCAGUUCUGAGAGACAUCCUGCACUUGGCUGAACACCAGGGAACACAUAGCGGGCAGAAAGCAUACAUGUGUGGAGCAUGUGGGAAGCAGUUCUGUUUCACUGCAAACCUUCAACAGCCCCAGAGGCAGCUAGUUAGAGAGAAACUCUACAGGUGUGAUGUAGGGGGACCCUCAUUUUUGAAGAGCUGCACAGUUCAUGUGUCAGAGGAUCCAUUUACCUGCAGGGAGAUUGGGAAGACCUUUCUGGCCAGCAUUGGUCUUCAGCAACAGGCCACUAAUCGCAGGAAGAAACUAAACAACAGUAGUGAACGUGGAGCUGUUUUUCACAGUGGAAAAAGUCAUCCCAGCUGGAGUGAAUGCCAGAAGGCCUCCCACCACAGAGACAUACUUGCUGAGGAUGAGAGAGUCCUCAGUAGUGAUGGGUUUUGUGAGUGCAGCACAUGUGGGAAGGCCUGCACCCAAAGGUGUACAGUUACUCAGCACCAGAAAGUUCACAUUGGACAAAGGCCUCACAAGUGCAGCAAAUGUGGGAAAUGCUUUAUCCGAAGCCACCACCUCAGUACCACCAGGAAGACGCACACUGGAGAAAAGCCUUAUGAGUGCAAGGAAUGUGAUAAAUCUUUUUCUCAAAGGUGCAACCUCAUUCAGCAUCAGAGAGUUCACACUGGAGAAAGGCCUUAUAAAUGCAGUGAAUGUGGGAAAAUAUUUACCUACUAUUCUGGUUUCCUUACACAUCAAAGAGUUCACAGUAGAGAAAAGCCGUACAAGUGCAGUGAUUGUGGGAAAUCUUACACUUGGAGGUCUGGCCUUCGUUAUCAUCUGAGGAUUCACAGUGGAGAAUGGCCUUAUCAGUGCAGUGAAUGUGGGAAAUCCUUUAGCCAAAGGCACCAGCUCAGUGUCCAUAAGGAAAUCCAUACUAGAAAAAAGCGUUAUGAGUGCAAGGAAUGUGGUAAAUCUUUUUCUCAAAGGUGCCACUUCAUUCAACAUCAGGGAGUUCACACUGGAGAAAGGCCUUAUGAGUGCAAUGAAUGUGGGAAGUCUUUUACUGGUAGAUACGGCCUCAAUUACCAUCGGAGACUUCACAGCGGAGAAAGGCCUUAUAAGUGCAGUGAAUGCGGGAAAUCCUUUACUGAUAGGUCUAGCCUCCAUUACCAUCAGAGAGUUCACACUGGAGAAAGGCCAUUUAAAUGCAGUGAAUGUGGGAAAUCUUUCACUGCUAUGUCUGGUGUUCGUUAUCAUCAGAGACUUCACAGUGGAGAAAGACCUUUUGACUGUAGUGAAUGUGGGAAAUCUUUCACUGAUAGAUCUGGCCUCCAUUACCAUCAGAGAGUUCACGAUGGAGAAAGGCCUUAUGAUUGCAGUGAAUGUGGCAAAUCUUUUAUCAGUAGAUGUGGCCUCCGUUACCAUCAGAGACUUCACAGUGGAGAAAGGCCGUACAAGUGCAGUGAAUGUGGGAAGUCCUUUACUGAUAGAUCUGGCCUCCAUUAUCAUCAGAGAGUUCACGCUAGAGCAAGGGCCUUAUGAGUGCAUUGAAUCCUUUAGCGAAACCAUCAGCUCAGUACCCAGAGGAAUAUCCACAGUGGAGAAUAGCCUUAUGAGUGUAAGGAAUUUGAUAAAUUCUUUAUCCAAAGGAGCCACUGGAUUUAACAUCAGAGCAUUCACACUGGA